AUGACUUCCAAUAACUGACUUGAGUAAAAAUAGAAAUUUUAUGAAAGUUCAUUCGGAAAAUCGGUCUUUAUAUCCAACUAUGAGUCAAAUUCUGUGCACUUGCGUAAAAAAUAGAAAUUUUAUGAAAGAUCAUUCGGAAAAUCGGUCUUUACAUCCAACUAUGAUGCGAUUUGGACCGUAUUUAGCUGGACGUCGGAGGUUCCAAACUAAAUUUCACCAAUAUUGAUAAAAAAUGUUUAUUUUAUGACUGUACAUAGGGAGCUCGCUCUAUAUGAGGCUAUAUUAAUGUAUAUUUCUAACAUAGAACCCAACUUUUAACUUAAACUGUCAAUGGGAAAAUAUAAUCUACAUCAACUUUCUGCUCGUUAGCUUCAUAUUUAAGGGUCAUAGAGGGCUUGCAACUGACAGAGAAACAGACAUGGCUAAAUCGUCUUUGAUUUUCAAGAGGAUAAAGAAUAUUUUUGCUGUGUAGGACCGACGGUGUAGGUAUAUUGUGGCUGUUUAAUAAUUUAAGUACAGCGUCUUCUUGGUAGCUGUCUUCAUGAAGAAUGAAAAUUCUUCGUUUGUUAAUCAUGUCCUCGCAUCAGAUUGUUUUUCCUAAGCCUAUACCUCAACUGGAGUUGCAAUCGUUGCGAAAUGAAAAUGGUUUCACCUUAACGGAAAUUGCUGGUUUGCAUAAUGGUUGGCGUCUUAUCAAACGACGUUUUAGCUACCAUUCAAAACGGAUAUUUAAGGGAUUUUUUCUGGAAAAUGAAUCUCUCCUUGAACGUUUUCGGGACCAAAAGGGCAAAUUGAAUUUAUCGCGUCUUCAUGAACAUCCCCAACUGCUGUUGGCUACCUACGGCAAUAUAAUCGAGAAUGGCCUCGAUAAUCCCUGCUAUGUAAAUGAGGUAAUGACGGCCAUAAGUCAAAGUCAUCAAUUAUAUGGUGUUGAAAAUGAGGAGAUUAAGUUAUAUGUUGAUUAUAUAUCCUCUUAUAUUUUGCAAUAUUUAGAGAAAGUAAUUUCUCCAACAUUUGUUUCUGCUCUGCAGAAGUUGAAUGAUAUUAUCCUGUCAUAUCACCACACUAGGCAUGAUGUCAGUAAUGAAGAAGUGCUUAUUUAAAUAUAUCAAAUUUAAGUAGUAAAAUAUUAAAGAAUUUUAAAAAUUCAAUAAUUUAUAUGAAUGUUCAAAUAUAUGCCAAAAUUCUUAUUACAAACGAA